CACUUCGACAAAAUUUUCAGUUUAUUACACGCUUUUGUAAGGGACUCAUCUAUUUUAUUACGAAAAAACUGAUCGAACUGUAGAAAACAACCUUUUCUAAUUUUUAACAAAUUUUUGUGUAAAAAUUUCAAUUUUCGUAUACAAGCUCCCGGGAGCUCCCUUAAAACCAAAGCCAACUAGGAAGCAGGUCAAGCCGAAGACCUCCAGCAUGAAGUCUGGCGAUAAAAAAGAUGAGUCGUUCGAUGGAUAUUUGGAAUUGCUUGCCGCGCGUGAGAACGACUUGACGGUAUCAGCGUACGUCAACUUCUUGCGGGAAUUUGAUAAAUGCUAUUCCGAUCGUUGGACCGACAAGGUGAUAUCAGAUGUUGCUGCAGAUCGAUGGCACAAGAUGUCUGUCGAUCAACGUAAUAAGUACUGCGAGAGGCCAGUUCAAUUUGUUGAUGAGGGCGAUAAUGACAUUAUUGAGGAAAUUCCAAUAAUAGAGCCUCAAACAAUGGUUAUGACUUGUCCAAAGACAAGAAGCAGAAAGCCCAAGAAAGGAGCCGACAAGCCAAACGCUUCAAAGACCAAGAAAAGGAAUGCUAAGCCGAAGCCCAAGAAGAGGUUGACGAAUCCCAAGAAAGAAUCUCCUCCCAAGAAUAGCUCAUGUUCUAUUCAAUAGUUCCAUUCAAUUUUCGGACAUAAUAAGCAUCUAAAAUUAAACUUAUCUUAGCCAGAUUGAGGGUAAAUCUAUGCUAGAUCUAGGCAAACUACGCAAAAUAAAUGCAUUAUUCUUUAUUGAAA